AUGACUGGAGGGCUGGAUACUGCUGAGGUGGAGUCGGAGCAGAAUGCUGAAGAUCUCGACACUAUCUUGGAGGAAUUUCUCAUCUGCCGUCGACCGGGAGUUGCCACUGGCGGCAAAACUGUGAAGCUGCAGGUGAAUUGCAUGGAGUUGUCGGUGGACUCAACCCAUCAGAGAUUUUUCUCUAUCAUGUGGACAUCUCGCGCUCAGACGGGCGGUGGCAAUACGCGCGCGUACGCAACAGAGUUUGGAGGCACUCGGGUGGUGCACGACGGUGGAUCCCUGAUGUAUUCACCUGUGCUACUGCCGUGGGCUGCACAGACCAAGACGUUUGAAAAUGUGGAUCCAGAUUCAGUGGAAAAUGCUCCAGACUCUGUGCAAAGCCCCCUAUCCACCACAGGUACAUUCGUGGUGAAGAUGAAGCUAGCCGACGUGAUCGCAGUCAAGCUCGCGUUGCAAGCUCUCGGUGUGAUUCUGCGCUGCUUCGCUCGCCAGCGCUUGGUCUCUGUGGAGCGCAAGUUUUUCUCGAUUGAUGGCGAAGAGCUGGUGCCCCUACAUGGCGGAGCGGAACUGCGCAGGGGAUACCACCAAGCCGUCCGGGUGGCCGACCACAAACUCCUGCUGAAGCUGGACAAGACAACGCUGAGCUUUUACACACCGGGAAACCUGACGGAGCUGGUGACUGCCACUUUGGGCGCGCGUUCACCUUCCGAGAUCUCAUUGUGUAAAGUGGCCCCUGGACAGCGCAAAAGCGAACUCGACGAUCCUAAAGUCACGAAGCAGGCGCGCGAGUUUUCCAACAUUCCUUUGGAGACGGUAAUUGGCCGGGUUCGUCGUAUCAGCUUUGACGAUAAUCCGUACCAGGACGCCUUUGGACUAAAGAUUGAGCAACGUCUUGUGAUAGUGAACGCCCACGUCAUUCCUCCCCCAGAAGUGCAGUAUGCGAAUGUGUCAACCAGUCCAUUGGACGUGUUCAGCAGCAUUGGUGAGGGCGAAGUGAGAAGUUUUGUUUCCAACUUGGUGAAGAUGGGGGAGGAGUGCGGGUUGUCCUUCGAGGAUAGUGACCCCUGCAUGGUUCGGUCGGACGGGUAUCGUGGAGUGGACGUCGAAAAACUCAUGAAAAUGUGCUUCGAGGAGCUGGAAAUGUGUAACAAGGGCCCGCCACAGCUCAUCAUGGUCAUCAAGCCGGAUAAAUGCGCUAACUCCUACGCCAGAAUCAAGCAAAUGUCCGAUACGGUCUUGGGAGUCCCGAGUCAAUGUAUUCUCUCGCAGAAAAUCGUCACGGCAAAACCGCAUUACUAUGCGAGUCUUUGCCUCAAAAUUAAAAUGAAACUGGAUGGGAAGAAUGCUGUAGUUCGAGGCCUGUUGCCAUUCCCCAAUUCAGCUGCAACACUGGUGAUCGGCGCAAGUGUGGAGCAUAACGGCAACUGGGGGAGACCGUCAACCGCUUCGUUUGUUGCUUCGCUGGACUGUAGCUCAGCGAAGUAUGUAGCGCGUGUGGCCGAGCAGAAGACACUUGGUGACAUGAAGCUGUUGACCCGCGUGCAGUACGAGCUGCUUGUGACGUGGCACCAGAUCACGGGUCAGAUACCGGAGAAUGUUGUCUACUACCGGGGAGGAGCGAGCCAAGAUCAGCAUUUUGGCGUCUUGCAGACAGAAAUGAAUGCUUUGCGCAAGGCAUUCAGAAUGCUGUUGGCGGACUGCCCGCCUCUCAUUACGUUCAUAGCAGUCAAUAAGCGUCACCAUGUGCACGCUUUCCCGACUAACUCGAGCGACGGCAAUUGCGAGAAUGACGUGGAGCCUGAAACAAUCAUUGACACGGGAAUUGUGGAUGCACAUGGAUUUGACUUCUACUUGUAUGGCCACAACAGCGGCCACGGAACUACUAGCAUCCCCUGUCACUACACUCCUGCAUGA